AUGGUACUUUUACAUGGUUUCAUUACGUUUGCGUACAUCACAAUCUUAUCCUUCUCAGUACUGGGUAUGAACAACUUGAAAAAGACCGGACUCGGAAAUCUAAUUCAAGAUCUAAAGUUCAAGCCCGUCAUCUUCAUUGAUUCUAAAAAAGUCCUUUCACCUAUGAAACGUUUUUGGGGUAAGGAUAAAACCCGUGAAGGCUCCCGAGAAUUUUUAUUUGAUCAAUACUCUUCAUUUUACGAGACUUCUCAAUUUUUCAAAAAACAUCAAUCUCAAAAAGAAAGUGGACUCAAAGCAUUGGCUAUCCGUGUCUCGAUUUUGUUAAAUAAACCCGAACUCCAUUCGGGGUCUCUAAAGAGCUUAUUACAGGAUAAACAAGAAUUAGCAAAUGCAUGUGAAAUUUUGGCUAGCCAAGCUUUGAAAACACCAGAAAAGUUAAACUCAUUCGAAAGAAUUUGGGUGGUUGGAAUUUUAGCUGGACUUACAAAAGGUAAACAAGAUUUCAAAAUUCCAAAAGAUCUAAGUAAUCAGGUUUAUUUAGAGAUACAAGCUGCUUUACAUUAUGAAGCUCAGAUAACAAAAACUUUCAAAGAUUGGAUACCUAAUAAAAAGAUUGGUUCUCAAAUCUCUGGAUCUAGACUUGAGGAAUUAUUGAACCGGGCUGAUAUCAUUGGCGAGCAUGAAAGUCAACGUCCACCUAAAUCAAAUAACCAACCUAUAGACAAUCUUGUCUCUCAUUUUCUCAUGGAAGUGGAACUACCAAAGGAAGAAAAUAUGAUUUCAAAUAUCAUAGGUCAAUUGCGUCAGAUUUUCAAAACUAUGGAGUACAACAGUAGGGAAGGUCGUUAUACCAGGGACAUAUUUGAACAUCUGUCAUUUUAUUCUACUCAAUUCAAGCAUUUGCUACGCUCUGCUUUAGAAGAUGGACCAUUCUGGAGAGAUUUACAUAUAUCUUUGGUAAAGAAUGAUGUCAUAGAACUUUCCAAUAAGUUACAACCAAUCUUACAAAGUUUUCAUGUUGGGAUAGGGCACAGCCUCUACGAAAUCUUGAAAACACCAAAUCCAAAUCCAAAGUAUUUUGAAGAUGCCAUCUUGAACUUAUUGGGAAAACUGAAAGAGAUCUCAAUUGAAUCAAGUGAAAACCUGAUAGAUGCUUACAACCUUCUUAUAGCUCAUAGUUUCCUCAGUUCAUCUGCUGAAGAGACUAUUAUCACUAGAAUCCAAGUAGAUCCCAUCGCUCAUUCUGGUAUCUCAAAAGCCUUGGCAGCUGUGUAUCCUGAUUUUGUCAUAGAAGAAGUGAAUGUGGUGGACUAUCGCCUUAGAACUCCUCUCCUUCCACCUAUAAAUUUUUUAUAUAAAUCUCAAAAAGAAAACCGUAUGGAUCGUUUUUAUAUAAGAGUUCAAGAUAUUUUAAAAAAUCAUGAAACUCUUCCAGAUCAAUCAUUUGGAAUAGGUCUUGAAUUCUUAUUGAUCAUCAUUCAAUUAUAUCCAGAACAUGAAAAUUAUUUAAUAAAAUAUUUAAAUAAAGAUGUCAUACUAAAAAAAGAAAGCCUUUUAGAAGCUAUAGAUCAAUUAACUUACAAACACAAAUUUUCAUGGCGUGGAGAAGAAGACAAAUUAUCUAAUGAACUCAAAACAUUUGCAAGUAAACUCAAAUCAAAAAUACAAAAUCAAUUACCACAAGCAGAAGCCAAGAAUUUAGUGUCUAUGAAGGCAAGACAAGAAGCAGAAAGUUUAAGUCUUGUCCCAUUGAAAAAAGAAUUCAAGAUUAUCAUUGGAAAAGAAGAAUUUGAUUUUAAUCCUCAAAACUGGGAUUCUUUUCAAGCACCUAGAUCUACUCAAAAUUAA